AUGACGACAGGUGAGUGUCAAACAAGUAACAAGAAGCACGAUUAUGACAAGGAAGACGAGGAUUUUUUAGCUGGACCAGAGACAGUCCUGGAUGAAGGGGACAUUGCACUUUUAAAAACGUAUGGAUUAGGUCCGUAUUCCCGUGUCAUUAAACAAGUCGAAGAGGACAUUAAAAAAGCCCAAAAAGUCGUGAAUGAUCUCAUUGGAAUCAAAGAAAGUGAUACGGGCUUAAGUUUACCAAGUCAAUGGGAUCUUGUCAGUGAUAAACAAAUGAUGCAAGAAGAACAACCGCUUCAAGUCGCUCGUUGUACGAAAAUCAUUCAUGCCGGUGAAGACGAAGCCAAAUACAUGAUAAAUGUGAAACAAAUUGCGAAAUUUGUGGUGGGAUUGGGGGAAAAAGUGGCACCCACGGAUAUUGAAGAAGGGAUGCGUGUGGGUGUGGACCGCACGAAAUACGCGAUUCAAAUUCCAUUGCCCCCGAAAAUCGACCCAACGGUUUCACUCAUGACGGUCGAAGAUAAACCAGAUGUGACUUAUGAUGACGUUGGAGGGGCCAAAGAAGCAUUGGAAAAGCUUCGAGAAGUUGUCGAGUUGCCACUUUUGCAUCCGGAACGAUUUGUUAAUUUAGGAAUUGAUCCACCGAAAGGCGUGUUGCUUUAUGGACCACCGGGAACAGGAAAAACCUUGUCGGCACGUGCAGUAGCGAAUCGAACGGAUGCUUGUUUUAUUCGAGUCAUUGGUAGUGAAUUGGUGCAGAAAUAUGUUGGAGAAGGAGCACGAAUGGUGCGUGAACUCUUUACAAUGGCACGAUCCAAGAAGGCGUGCAUUGUGUUUUUUGAUGAGGUCGAUGCUAUUGGAGGAGCACGAAGUAGCUCCGAGGAAGGAGGGACUGACAAUGAAGUGCAGCGUACAAUGCUGCAGAUUGUCACGGAAUUGGAUGGAUUCGAUCCACGAGGAAAUAUCAAGGUGCUCAUGGCGACGAAUCGACCGGAUACACUGGACCCGGCACUCAUGCGUCCAGGUCGAUUGGACCGAAAGGUGGAGUUUAACUUGCCAGAACUCGAUGGCCGUACUCAGAUCCUCAAGAUUCAUGCCAAGAGCAUGAACUGUGAUCGAGGCAUUCGUUUUGAGCUUGUGAGUCGACUGUGUCCCAAUACGACAGGUGCAGAGCUUCGUAGCGUGUGUACGGAAGCGGGAAUGUACGCGAUUCGUGCACGCCGCAAAUCCGUGAGCGAGAAAGACUUUCUCGAGUCGGUCAACAAGGUCAUCAAAGGCUACAAGAAGUUUUCAUCGACGCCCAAGUACAUGGUAUACAACUAA